AUGGUUCACCUUACAUGUGAAGAGAAGGCUUUUAUCAACAGCAUUUGGGGACAUGUGAAUGUAGAAGAACUUGGAGGAGAAGCCCUGGGAAGGCUCCUGGUUGUCUAUCCAUGGACUCAGAGGUUCUUUGACAGCUUUGGAAACAUGUCUUCGCCCUGUGCCAUUAUGAACAACCCUAAGGUCAAGGCUCAUGGCAAGAAGGUACUGAGUUCCCUGGGAGAUGCCACUAAGAACCUGGAUGAUCUCAAGAGCAACUUUGCUCACCUGAGCGAGCUGCAUUGUGACAAGCUGCACGUGGAUCCUGAAAACUUCAAGCUCCUGGGAAAUGUGCUAAUGGUUGCUCUGUCAAAAACUUUCGGCAAGGAGUUCACCCCUGAGGUGCAGGCUGCCUUUCAGAAGCUGAUGUCUGGAGUUGCCAAUGCCCUGGCCUCUAAGUAUCACUGA